AUGCCAGCGAGCCCGAGCCGCAUGGCUACACCUACUGCACGCCGCACAAUGCUCCUGUGUGCCGUGCGCCCGCGAAGAAAGGGGCCGAGGGCAAAGCUUGUUUGCAUCCCCAGGAAAAAGACGUUUACAGCCUGGUGCAACUCUCACUUGAGGAAAGCUGGCACGCAGAUCGAGAACAUCGAAGAGGACUUCCGGGAUGGACUCAAACUCAUGCUGCUGUUGGAGGUCAUCUCAGGCGAACGCUUGGCCAAACCAGAGAGAGGCAAGAUGAGAGUCCACAAGAUCUCCAAUGUUAACAAAGCGCUUGACUUCAUUGCCAGUAAAGGAGUAAAGCUGGUUUCUAUUGGAGCAGAAGAGAUUGUAGAUGGGAAUGCCAAGAUGACCCUGGGAAUGAUCUGGACUAUAAUCCUCCGCUUCGCCAUCCAAGACAUUUCUGUGGAAGAGACCUCUGCCAAAGAAGGCCUCCUGCUGUGGUGCCAGAGGAAGACGGCGCCCUACAAGAACGUCAACAUCCAAAACUUUCACAUCAGCUGGAAAGACGGCCUGGGUUUCUGUGCACUCAUUCAUCGACACCGUCCAGAGCUUAUUGACUAUGGAAAACUCCGCAAGGACGACCCCAUGACCAACCUGAACACAGCCUUCGAUGUGGCAGAGAAGUACCUUGACAUCCCCAAAAUGUUGGACGCGGAAGACAUUGUGGGCACUGCCCGUCCGGACGAGAAGGCCAUCAUGACCUACGUCUCUAGCUUCUACCAUGCCUUCUCAGGCGCCCAGAAGUGCACAACACCCCCCUGCGGGGAUAUCAUUAGCACCUUGAGGCCAGAUGAGAAGGCCGUCAUGACUUAUGUGUCGUGUUACUACCACGCGUUCUCAGGCAAACAGAAGGCUGAGACGGCAGCCAACAGGAUCUGCAAGGUGUUGGCUGUCAACCAAGAGAAUGAGCAGCUGAUGGAGGACUAUGAGAAGCUGGCCAGUGACCUGCUGGAGUGGAUCCGCCGCACCAUCCCGUGGCUAGAAAACCGGUUGCCCGAGAACACCAUGCAGGCCAUGCAGCAGAAGCUGGAGGACUUCCGAGAUUACCGCCGUCUCCACAAGCCGCCCAAGGUGCAAGAGAAGUGCCAGCUGGAGAUCAACUUCAACACCCUGCAGACCAAACUGAGGCUUAGCAACAGGCCCGCCUUCAUGCCCUCAGAGGGAAAGAUGGUCUCGGACAUUAACAAUGCAUGGGGAAAUCUAGAGGGAGCCGAGAAGGGCUACGAAGAGUGGCUCCUCAAUGAGAUACGCAGGCUGGAAAGACUCGACCACCUGGCCGAGAAGUUCCGCCAGAAAGCAGAAAUCCACGAAGCCUGGACAGAGGGUAAAGAGGAGAUGCUGCAGAAACGGGACUACGAGACGGCAACUUUGUCAGAGAUCAAGGCCCUGCUGAAGAAACACGAGGCCUUCGAGAGCGACCUGGCUGCACACCAGGACCGCGUGGAGCAGAUAGCAGCCAUCGCACAGGAGUUAAAUGAGCUGGACUACUACGACUCCCCGAGCGUUAAUGCCCGCUGCCAGCGGAUCUGCGAUCAAUGGGACGCACUGGGAGCUAUGACCCAGAAACGCAGCGAGGCACUGCAGAGAACUGAGAAGCUGCUUGAAACUAUUGACCAACUUUACCUUGAGUUUGCCAAAAGAUCGGCUCCAUUUAACAACUGGAUGGAGGGCGCCAUGGAGGACCUGCAGGACACGUUUAUCGUCCACACCAUCGAAGAAAUCCAGGGACUGAGCACAGCCCACGAGCAGUUUAAAGCCACACUGCCAGAAGCUGACAAAGAGCGACAGGCCAUCCUCGGAAUCCACAAUGAAAUUGCCAAAAUUGUGCAGACCUAUCAUGUGAAUAUAGCUGGCACCAACCCCUACACCACCAUCAACCCACAGGAGAUUAAUGCCAAAUGGGACAAGGUCAGGCAGCUGGUGCCUCAGCGUGACCAGGCUCUGAUUGAAGAGCACGCCCGGCAGCAGAACAACGAGCGUCUGCGUAGACAGUUUGCCAACCAGGCCAAUGUCAUCGGCCCGUGGAUCCAGACCAAAAUGGAGGAAAUCGGUCUCAUCUCAAUCGAGAUGCACGGCACCCUGGAGGACCAGCUGACACACCUGCGCCAGUACGAGAAAAGCAUCGUCAAUUACAAGCCAAAGAUCGACCAGCUGGAGGGAGACCACCAGCUCAUUCAGGAAGCCCUCAUCUUUGACAACAAGCACACCAACUACACCAUGGAGCACAUCCGUGUGGGCUGGGAGCAGCUACUCACCACCAUCGCCCGCACCAUCAAUGAAAUCGAGAACCAGAUUUUGACGCGGGACGCCAAAGGCAUCAGCCAGGAGCAGCUGAAUGAGUUCCGAGCUUCCUUCAACCACUUCGACAGGGACCACUCGGGCACUCUGGGCGCGGAAGAGUUCAAGGCCUGCCUGAUCAGCCUGGGCUUCGAUAUCGCCAACGACGCACAGAAGAGAACAGGAAUCAUGGAUGCUGAAGACUUCAAAACCUGCCUUAUCUCCAUGGGUUACAACCUGGGUGAGAAUGAGUUCUCCCGCAUCAUGAGCAUAGUAGAUCCCAACAGAAUGGGCAUGGUCACCUUCCAGGCCUUCAUCGACUUCAUGUCCCGGGAGACGGCCGACACGGACACAGCCGACCAGGUCAUGGCCUCCUUCAAAGUUCUUGCGGGUGACAAGAACUACAUCUUAGCGGAUGAGCUGCGCCGGGAGCUGCCUCCAGAUCAGGCCGAUUACUGCAUUGCCCGCAUGGCCCCUUAUACCGGCCCUGACGCGGUCCCCGGCGCCCUCGACUACAUGUCGUUCUCCACUGCUCUGUACGGAGAGAGCGACCUCUGAACACUCUGUCAGUCGUCCUGACUGGGGACCACCAGCCUACCUGCUCCCAUCCCCUCCAUGUUCUCCGCCCGCCCAAUCACCGCGCUCCUGUCCCGCUAAACUCUUUUGUUUGUAUGUUUCUGGCCUUAUCUUUUCUUUUUUUUUUGUCAGUAUCCUCUGUGUCCUCAUGCUUUUCCUCCCAUCUGUCACUGAUCCCUCACACUCUCCGGCACCGUUGUGUUUGCUUCCCACGUGAUGCAGCCACUCUCCAGGUUUACAGAGGGAGAGGGAAAAAAAAAAAAGUUUGUUUUUAUUUUUGUUUUUCUUGUUGUCAUGUUUUUCUUCAGAAAAUGAAUAAAGUUAACAUAUUUUAUUAUACUGAACAAAAAAAGGUAUUUUUCUUCACCUGAUUGAAAUAAGAGACAAAAAAUUGUAAUAAAGAAAAGAUUGCAAUACUAUCUCCUCUAAUUCUGUUUACUGCAGGGUGUAUUUCAUGUAGUUUUUAUUGAGUUUACACUUGCACUCUGUGCAUUUAGCGAGCUCUGACCCAGAGCAACUUGUCAUGGUAUUCCUGUGAGACCACAUAGAAAAUGCUGUAGAUUCUCACAGGCAAUGGAAAAGCAGGUAAGAAAAAGCAUAAAGAAGAGCUGGGAGAAAGAUUUGAGGAAUGUAGCGUUUCCUUUGUAUGUGUGUGUGUGUGUUGUACCGUUUCUGGACAUCAAACCAGCAUGAGGCUUCCUCUGAAUAACAAUCUGCACAGAUAGUUUAGUCAAGUUCAGAGAUUUGCUGUGUUGACAAUAACAGUUGUGGUAAGUGUAGAAUAAUGCAUCUGGAUACCUGCAGUUUAGCAUGUUUGCUUUUUCUAAAUGUCAUAUUUGUUGAGCUUGUAACAAAAACUUAAAGAAGCCGUUUAGCACUCUGGUACUGGUUUCGAUGCAAUUAGAAUUCAUUAUGUUGUGUGCAGUAUUUUAAACAGCCAACAGAUUUAUAUAUGAGCAGAACAGGAACUUCUUCGCUUUGUGACAGUUUUUUUUCAAAGCCUAAUUUAUCCUACAUUCUUCACAGGACUGGGAUAAAAUUUAUACUGAACAUCCAAGACUCAAAAAAGGAUAAUUUGUAACUUUACUUAUUGCUGAAUGUUUUACAUUAUUCAAAUGAAUAAAAGUUAUUUUGUACUCAAAUGUAGGAAUCUGUAAUUUUCAAAACAUCUGC